GCCUGUCAUGUCCUCUAAGCCAGAGCCAAAGGACAUCCACCAGCCGAACGGUACUGGCCCUACUCCCUCUCCCUGCUCUUCGGAUGGCCCUGGGCGAGAGCCCUUGGCUGGGACCUCAGAGUUCCUGGGGCCUGAUGGGGCUGGGGUGGAGGUGGUGGUGAUUGAGUCUCGAGCUAACGCCAAGGGAGUUCGGGAGGAGGACGCACUGCUGGAGAAUGGGAGCCAGAGCAAUGAAAGUGACGACGUCAGCACGGACCGUGGCCCUGCGCCACCCUCCCCACUCAAGGAGACCUCCUUUUCCAUUGGACUGCAAGUGCUGUUCCCCUUCCUCCUGGCAGGCUUUGGGACCGUGGCAGCUGGCAUGGUGCUGGACAUUGUGCAGCACUGGGAGGUCUUCCAGAAGGUGACAGAGGUCUUCAUCCUGGUGCCUGCACUGCUGGGGCUCAAAGGGAACUUGGAAAUGACCCUGGCGUCAAGGCUGUCCACUGCAGCCAACAUUGGACAAAUGGACACACCUAAGGAGCUCUGGCGGAUGAUCACGGGGAAUAUGGCCCUCAUCCAGGUGCAGGCCACGGUGGUGGGCUUCCUGGCAUCCAUCGCAGCUGUCAUCUUUGGCUGGAUCCCUGACGGCCACUUUAGUAUCCCGCAUGCCUUCCUGUUGUGCGCCAGCAGCGUGGCCACAGCCUUCAUCGCCUCCUUGGUGCUGGGUAUGAUCAUGAUUGGAGUCAUCAUUGGGUCUCGAAAAAUUGGGAUCAACCCAGACAACGUGGCCACGCCCAUCGCUGCUAGCCUGGGCGACCUCAUCACUUUGGCACUCCUCUCAGGCAUCAGCUGGGGACUCUACCUGGAAUUAAAGCACUGGCGAUACAUCUACCCCCUGGUGUGUGCCUUCUUUGUGGCCCUGCUGCCUGUCUGGGUGGUGCUGGCCCGAAGGAGCCCAGCCACAAGGGAGGUGUUGUACUCAGGCUGGGAGCCUGUCAUCAUUGCCAUGGCCAUCAGCAGUGUGGGCGGCCUCAUCUUGGACAAGACUGUGUCAGACCCCAACUUUGCAGGAAUGGCUGUCUUCACACCUGUGAUUAAUGGUGUUGGGGGCAAUCUGGUGGCUGUGCAGGCCAGCCGCAUCUCCACUUUCCUCCACAUGAAUGGCACGCCAGGGGAAAACUCUGAGCCAACUCCUCGCCGCUGCCCCAGUCCAUGCACCACCUUCUUCAGCCCUGACGUGAAUUCACGCUCAGCCCGGGUCCUCUUCCUCCUUGUGGUCCCAGGACACCUGGUGUUCCUCUACACCAUCAGCUGCAUGCAGGGCGGGCACACCACCCUCACGCUCAUCUUCAUCGUCUUCUACAUGACAGCUGCGCUGCUCCAGGUGCUGAUUCUCCUGUACAUCGCAGACUGGAUGGUGCACUGGAUGUGGGGUCGGGGCCUGGACCCGGACAACUUCUCCAUCCCAUACUUGACUGCUUUGGGGGACCUGCUUGGCACUGGGCUCCUAGCACUCAGCUUCCAUGUCCUCUGGCUCAUUGGGGACAGAGACACAGAUGUUGGGGACUAGCUUAGCCACUCAGCCUUUUCCCUCACCCUCUGCACUUUCUAUUUGGAUUUUUUUCCCUUUUAUUUCCCUACCCCACCCUACACUACACUCCCAUGUCUUUCUGGGAUUUCACUUUGAUACCAAAUUCUCAUUAUUUUCAAUGGGAAUUUUUUAUACAUUGAGCCAAGCUUGGAUAGCAAGAAAUCAGGAAGGACAGACGGACUGAAAUAAGCAGUUAAAGUGGCUUUUUGAGACAAUCACCAAGUGCAAUUCCAUGGUGGGUGCCUCCAGGUGAGGUAGAUUGGGACCUGGGCAGAUUGGGACCUGGGCAUUCUGUCCGGCAUCUGGGGACCUUUGGAUUAGCUUUAGCAACCUCAGCCUUGGCCCUAGUGAGAAACUCUUUGUAAGUGGGCUCUCUGGGUUGUUUUCAGUUUGGUUGAACAGAGAGGUGAGGGAUAAUUAACACUCCACACAUACUUUUAUAGGAAUGGACCAACUUCAAAGCACUGGGCAGGAGAAAGUUUCUUCAGCCCUCUAGUAAUCACAGCGCUGUUGCUCCGGGCAGCCUGCACGCAGAGUUAGGUGAACCUGUUCUGUGUACAUGCGCCUUGCCCAACUGCCCUAUUGCUUUCCAGCUGAAUGAGCAGUGGCCUGGGCUCUGCGUGGAUCACUGUCACCCAUAGGUUUCCAGCGGUCCACGUGCCCCGAGUCUAGAGACCCUAGUGCCUGUUCAAGCUUCCUAAUUGUUUCCAAGCACUCCCUUUCCCCACAGCUUGCCAGAUGGGCUUCCAAGACUAGAGACAGGACAAGGAAAUGCAGCAAAUGAGGUUGAUGCAACCUGGGGGUGUUUCGCUGCUGUUUCUCAUGAGGACAUAACCGCAUGGUCUGCCUCGGCGACUGUCACUUCCUAAAAGCGCUCAUUCUAACGAACCAGUCAGUUGGCCUUUCUCUUGGCUCCUGCCCAUUGACAUUUGUCAUCCAUUCACUCAUUCAGCAAAUCUCAGUGCCCCCCCCCCCCCCCGCCGCCAUGAGCCUUUCCAUAGUAUGGCCCAUACUGAUUCUCCAUCGAGCAAUAGUUAUGGGGUGCCUACUGUGUUAGGUACAGUGCCAGGCAUUGACUAGCCAGUGCUAAGGGGAUCACAGCCCUAACCUCCCCUCAUUCCCUAGGUUACCGAGGCCAUGUGCCCCUUUAAUCUGGCAGUAAGCGAUCCCUCGCUGUAGGUCUCUGUCUACUUCCCUCUUUAGAUCCAAAGUCUGCAGUGAUUGCCAGCACCAUUACUCCAGCAGUUUCAUGUCCUUAGAUACCGCCCCCCCCCCCCAUACACAUCUCACUAACAUUCAGAAGAGGGUUUAGAAUGAUCGAGCUGGAUUUCAGGCGGCUGCUUUGGCACUUACCUGUUCAUGAUUAGAAGGAAACUUCUCCACACAUUGCUCUGAAUGGCUCAACAGCCGGGCUGCAGGCUCCUUUCUAGUCUGUUUGUCAGGAGCCCACAGACUCUUCCCCCAUAUAGCCUAAAGGAUUGGCCUCCAAGGAUAGGACUAAGCUGUGCCUGGACCUACAGAGACUUCUUACCUCCCCCCUCCCUCCCGCAUCACCUGAAAUCAUAGAACCUUAGAAUUGGAGUCAGGUUAUCUAGUUGGAAUUGCGUCAAGCAGAUGAAUAGCAAUCUGGGCUUGUUCCUGCUCUCCCCUCUGACCUAACUCUACCCCAAAACAGACUUGUGCAGGCACCACACCCCGAGACUGUGACCCCAGGACCCCCCAGCCACUUACCCUAUCCUGAUUUCUGGUUUUGGAUCAGGUUGUCUAGAGACUGAAGCAUCCCUCCCCCUUUGCCCAGAAAGCAGAAAAGUAGGCACACCCAGGCUCAGCAUGUGAGCGGAGGAGGACUGGGGUGAGGAGGAGUUGACUUAAGUAAGGGUCGUCUCUUCCCUCUGGGUUGCACCUAUUGCAUGUACUUUUGGCCUGACUGGAAGAAACAAAAUUGGUUUACUUUCAUAUCCUUCAAAAGUUACAGAACUGUGUCUUAAGAGAAUUAUUUAUAGUUACUAUAACUGAAUUGACAAAUGUCGACUUAACUGAUAAAUUAUAUUUGGUAAAAUAAAGUGGAAGUUUUAUUUCGA